GCUAGAGACUAACCCCUAUAGCAAGGAGCAGCAAGAAAAGAUGGCCGCCUUAGUCAGAGAGAACAAAGAGAGAAAAGAGCGCAAGAAGCAGGCGAAGCUAAAGGCUAUCGCAGAUGAGUAGGCGGCGAAGAUGAAGAGGUUGGAGGAGGAGAUGAAGAGGGUACAACAGGAGGAGGAAGAAAGAAGGAAGGCUGUUGAAGCACAAGCGGCAGCAGAAGAAGAGAAAGAGAGAAUGAGAAUUGAGAGUGGAGAAGGGAGCAGUGGUGGCACGAUGAAGUGGGAGACAGACACUGAGCUGGAGAAGAAGAUCAGCGAGUGGGUCGCUAAUUUAUCGUUGGGGGAAGACAAGGAGGCGGAGUCCUAUGUGACUAAGGAUGAGAAGGUUGCGCUCGCCACUGAGCUAGCAGCCAUGACCGACCCAAUGGAACGAAGAGAGAGGGAAGACGAGCAAAAGUUAACAUGGAAGUUGAGAAUGAAGAGGGAGAAGAAGAGGAGGAGAGAGGAAGUGAAUAAGAUGACCGCAGUAGUGGCAAGGGUGCAGGAGUGUAGAGCGGAGGUGCUGGCCCAGCCAGAUGAUAAGGCCAAGUGGGACAAGGUACUGGGCUAUCUAGAGGUGUUGAGCAAGGCCUGGAUGGAAGAGCGCCAGGCAAGUUGGAGCCAAGAUGUAGCCUUGAGUGCCAUGCGGUCAGGGUUUAGAGACUUUGCGCGCGAGAUCRUCACCCAUAUUGGGGGCGAAGUCAAACAGUUGAGAGACAAUGUCGGGAAGUUUUGUGAGGGYGCCAUUCAGGGUGCCAAAGCUGUAGYCGCCGCAGAGGGAGAGGCCAGGCCCCGUAAGGACCCAGUGAAGCUUAAGUUUCCGGAUGCGUACGGGGGAAAGAAGGAAGAAAACUUUGACAACUGGGAAGCCAGUGUCAAUAGUUAUAUUUACUUGCAGCAUAUCUUGGCCGAGGAACAAGUCCUUGUGGCCUUCCAGACCCUCAAAGAUGAAGCGGCUAGCUUCGCCAGGUCUCUUGUGCGUACAGCCGGUUGUGAAAACAACCUGGUUGCGUAUUCCAAAGUCACUCCUCUCUUCCAAUUCCUCAAGCUCCUCAAGGAGCAGUUCGCUGACCCAACACGAGGCAUUAGAGCCUCUGAUAAGCUUCAAACGAUUCACUCUCGGCAAUGGAGGAGUGCUAAGGCACUCAAGGGUACUAUGGAGGACUUGGUAGCCGUCCCGGACCACGGGGUCACCGAGCCCCAGUUGGUCCAGUUGUUUUAUCGUGCCAUCCCAGAGGCCCUACGCGGGCAUUUCUUUGACAAGUCUCAGCAGGCCGGCAUCACAUACGAUCAAUUGAGUAGGGAGGUCGUCCUGUAUKAGUCAAAGUCUAUGCCAGUUACCACUUUCUGGCAUAAGGACCURGAGAAGGGGAAGAAGUGGAAGAAUCGUACUAUCUCAGGCCAAGUAAAGGCCAAGGAUCACAUGAUCCUGACGUUAGAGGAAGGUGGUACUGAUGAGGUCUCGUAUGAUCAGAUUGAGUGGGGCCUYGAAGAUGAUGGCAGUAGUGUGGGGCAGGGGAGGUCUUACACUGCUGUCGCGGCUGGAGGGAGGCCGCAAGGAGGAGGAGGAGGCCAGGGCCAAAGGGGCCAGGCCAUGGGAGGCCGAGGACCGGGCGCACAGGGGGUUGGUGGACAGGGAAACCGCCAAGCGGGAGGUAGGGGUCAAGGUCCCUCGUCAAAUCGUCAGGGUAAUCGGUCCCCACAACAAAGAGGUGGAAGAGCACCUCAAGGAGGUUGGCACCCAGGCUUGCCACAGGGCAGGCCCUGGGAAGACUUGGGCUUGGACCGACAAUUAUGGCAAAAACGCGUGAACAUUGGUCAGUGCGUAUUCUGUGGUGACCCGGCCCACGUUAUCAAAUUUUGUCCAAAGUAUAGACCGGCCCGUUGGGCUGCCCAGCAGUCAAAAGACAGCCGCCAGUAGGGGUCGCAACUGCCCCUACUUCAAGGCCAUGUGGAGAAGUGAGCGCGCRCGAACAGGACACUCCCAACCCACAUGAGCCUAUGGCAGAGGUUGCAGGCCCGUGCCUAGAUAGCUGUCCAGAGACCGCAUGUGUAAGCGUCUCUUUAGGCACGUCCCUCACAGGUGUGGCAGAAGAAUUAAAGGAGAGGAUGCCAGUCUGGGCCAAAAUGAAGAAGGAGAGUAAAGGACAGCCGAUUUU